GCUUCAAUUCAUACAACAACUCAACAUACACACAUAUUCUCUCUCUUUGUUUCUCUCUUCCUCUUAUAUGUAACUUUCUCAUUGCAUUCUCUAAAAUAAAGCAAAUAUGAGCAAAGUUGCAACCCUAUUCUUCAUGGCUCUGUUCCUCUGCUACAUGUUCACCGACUCUGCACGCCCCGAACCGGCUUUUCAAAAGGAAUCUUUGGUAGUAACACAACAACAGGAUGUUGAGGAAGUUGAUGAAAGCUGUGAAGGCCUCAAAGAGGAAGAAUGCUUGAUGAGGAGAACGCUUGUUGCUCACACAGACUAUAUUUAUACACAGAACCAUAACCCUUAAAACAAUUUCCUUCACCUUGUUUUGGUCACUUGUCUAUUAUUUGUAUUUUUCGGUAUAUCAUGUUCUGGUAUCUGGUUUAUUUGGCCCAGAGAUAUUUAUACUUUUUUCUGCUUUUGUGUAAUAUAUUUAUAUGCCAUAAAAUAUAAAUUAUUAGUAUUAGUAUUUAUAAAUUUGCACAGCAAAAACUUUUGACAAUCA